AGCCAACCCCCCCCCCCUCCACCCCCCCUCCCCCGAAAGAAAAAAUCCCUUUCUUACUUUCUUCUUGGGAGAAACUAAACCCUGAAAUCUGCUCUCUUAACACUGUUUUUCGCUCGAAACAGUGUGAGAACCCUGAAAUUCGCUGUAUUUGUCUUUUUGCUUGGAACCAAGUGGUAAGAAGAUAAAGGGGGAAAAACCAAUGGGUUUUGCUUCAUUUGCCGGACGAGUUUUCUUUGCUUCUAUUUUCAUCCUCUCCGCUUGGCAAAUGUUCAAUGAAUUUGGGGUUGAUGGCGGGCCUGCAGCAAAGGAGUUGAUACCAAAGCUUGAUCUUGCUAAGAAACAUAUAUCAUCUCAACUCCAUGUAAAUUUGCCAGAUAUCGAAGUUAGACAAUUAGUUGCAACUGCCAUCGUUUUGAAAGGACUAGGUGCUAUUCUGUUUGUAUUUGGCCAUGGAUUCGGAGCCUUACUCCUGUUUGUCUACUUGUUGGUUAGCACACCACUUCUCUAUGACUUCUACAACUAUCGUCCCAAUGAACCCCAAUACUCUGUUCUGCUUGGUGAUUUCUUGCAGUGUGUUGCGCAAUGUGGUGCAUUAAUUUUCUUUGUGGGGAUGAAGAACUCGAUGCCAAAGAGGCAACUAAGGAGGAAGUCCCCGAAGCAAAAAGCUACUUAGAUGUAAUCAAAGAAGUAAAAUUUUGGCAAUCUCCAGUAAAACUUUGCAGGUCUAUCUGAUUGGAUCCUUUCUCGAUUUCUAGUUUUUAUCUGUUCUUUAUUAACUGAAGCAUUUGUACUAUUGAAUCGGUUGCCCCUUCUCUAUUUUCCAUGACAAUUUGAUUGUGUUCAAAAAAAAUUGAGGGGUUUAAAUCAAAAACAUCUAUUUCCUUGUUUGGAAUAUUAAUAUUUGAUGCAACCAUUUAUGUAUUCAGUAAUGGAGCUAGAAAUUGCUUA